GAAUCCGAAUUUUUGGAGAAGAACACCGAUUGGAUCUAUGAAUGGAGCUCGCGUCCAGAUCAAGCACCACCGAAAGACUGGAAAUUCAAGCAUCCUCAGGGAAUGAAUAAAAGAAAAUCUUAUAGCAUUCGUACAACGAAAGUGGGGAAAAUUGGAUUGUUCUCAAAAGAGGUCCUUUAUACUCUUGUUAUCACGAAUAUUCUAUCUGUUUUGGUUGGAGCUGGCUUGGGGGUCUGGUUGUCCAGGCGGGGAUCGAUAACGACCAGCGUGACCAUCGAGUGAAAAAAAAAAUACGAGUACACGAAAGUCAGGAUUGCUGCGCUGGAGUUUGCGAGAAUACGGAGUAUAGGGUUGGUCUAUUUCGAGCCGCUAGAAAGACUGAAAAGCCAAGAAAAAAGGGUCGAUCGAGCCUAACAAAACACACAACAUAUUAUUUCGAUUACCACAAUUUAAUAUUAGCACUUUUUAUUCUAUUCUUCCCUGCCCGAAAGAAACUUAACUUACGGUGUACUUAUUGAACGCCGUAUUAUUGUGUAAGUCAUAUGCUAUUAUAUGCUUAAAAAAAUGCUUAAAAAAAAAAAAAAAA